AUGCACAAAACAAACCACACGGGACGAUCACAAUUCCUCUUACUGGGCCUCUCAGAGGAUCCAAAAGUUCAGUCCAUUCUUUUUGGACUCUUCCUGUCCAUGUACUUGGUCACAGUGCUUGGGAAUCUACUCAUCAUCCUGGCAACUACAUGUGACUCCCACCUCCACACCCCCAUGUACUUCUUCCUCUGUCACCUCUCCUUUGUGGACAUUGGCUUCAUCUCAACCUCAGUCCCAAAGAUGCUGGUGAACAUCCAGGCACAGGUCAAAGACAUCUCCUACACAGAAUGCCUCACUCAGGUAUACUUUUUUAUAAUUUUUGCGGGAAUGGAUAAUUUCCUACUGACUCUGAUGGCCUAUGACCGCUUUGUAGCAAUCUGCCACCCUCUGAAAUACACACUCAUCAUGAAUGCUCAGCUCUGUGGCCUCCUGGUUCUGAUAUCCUGGCUUAUAAUCCUAUGUGCCUCCCUGACUCAUAUUCUCCUGAUGAUGAAGCUCAACUUCUCUAGCCACACUGAAAUUCCUCAUUUCUUUUGUGAACUGCCUCAGGUCCUCAAGGUGGCCAACUCUGAAACCCUCAUCAACAACAUCUUUCUAUAUGUGGCAGUUGUCCUAACGGCUGUGUUUCCUGUCUGUGGGAUACUCUUUUCUUACUUUCAGAUUGUGUCUUCUUUAAUGAGAAUGUCCUACACUGCCAAUAGGUAUAAAGCAUUCUCUACCUGUUUGUCUCAUCUCUGUGUGGUCUCCUUGUUCUAUGGAACAGGACUUGGGGUCUACUUCAGUUCUGAAGUGAUCCAGUCUUCUCAGGGAAAACCUGUGGCCUCUGUGAUGUACACCGUGGUGACCCCCAUGCUGAAUCCUUUCAUCUACUGUCUGAGGAACAAGGAUGUUAUGGGGGCCCUGGAAAGACUCCUCAGCAGAACAGCCUGUUGUCUUUCAUGGACCCCUGACUUCAGAACUAAGAGGAUCUUACAGCCUUUAAGACAAAAGCUGUGA